CUCUCUCUGUGGUCUGGUCUGGAGGCGGUCUGCAGAUUCUGGACUCAGAUUCCUGAACCCGUCGGAGUCCCUCCCUAAACGCGUCGCAGUGAAUAACGUAGAGCCGAUGGACUCAUCUAUUCUUCCUCCUGUGAUCUGUAACUUCACUCCUUCAUGUUUUUGUAGAGAGUGCGGUCAGGAGGACUUCUGCAGCUUCCUCUCCUGUUGGCUGGUCGCUGGUCGCUCGUUGCGCGCAGCUGGACGCGCUGGAGGAGGACUGAGACCGUUUGGAAUAAAAGGUUUAAAAAGUGGAUCCGGAGAAGAAGAAGAAGAUCAAGUGGAGAGAUCGAUUCCAGUGAUUGAUUGAAAUGAAGUUUAAGGACUCAGGAGAGUGUGGGAAAAACCGGUCUCUCAUGUAAGGAGGAAAAAACAGUCCAGUUCAUUUUUCCAGAACGGAAAUGAGCUCAGACCCACAGCCUGGAUCCUGAAACAUGGUCUAUGAGAGUCAGAGGAGAUCCAAGAUCUGACAGACUUUGGGGGGAUUUAAACAGCUGGUUUUAAGAUGUUUGCAGGACUGAUGGGGUUUGAAUGUCGCAGCAGCUCUCUGCUUCACCACAGAGAAGUCAUGGAAGGUGGCCGAGCGUCAGGGACAGCUGGCAGCUCCGGCCGUAAAAGGUUCCACCGGCGACCGGGGUACAUGAGAGGAGAGGCGUCCAGACUGCAGAGCUCGUCUCAUGGGCAGGAGGAGGGCAAGGAGGAGGAAGAGGAGGAGGAGCAGGAGGAGGAAGAGGAAGGGAACACCACUCACAUCAGAAAAUCUGGACGCCACAUUGAGGAAACACCUGCUGUGAAAAUGUCUCUAAUCAGCCAGGAGCAGCCUGAUAGAGUCUCAUGUAGCACCUGGAGGAGUAAGAGUGUCCUCCGCCCUACCACCCAUCCUCUUGCUCCUGAGGCAUGCUGGGUAAUUAACGGUACAUCCAGACAGAACGAACUCAGGUUAAACCCGAGUCCUGCAGCCUCAGAGUCCUCCACACAGGACUCCUUUAACUCCAGUUUCAGCUUCAUCCAGCAGUCUCUGAACUCCACUCCGUCCAGGGGACCAGAGCCCCGAAAUCAUCCCACUAAAGCACCUCAAAGUACACCAGCAUCCUCAUCUCAUGAUCCCAGCGCCUCAAAGAAGUCCAGAUCCGUCCAAUCAGAUCAAUCAGACGAGUUCCAAUCAGGCGGUAGAUCAUGGCGGGACUGUGUUUGGAGCGACCUGCCGGACUGUGACUCCCAGUCUGUGGACUUAGAGAUCACCUCAUCGCUGUCGGUGGACUCAGACACGGCCUCCGCCUCCUCCGUCACCUCAGGGUACGAGAGCGCGACGCCAGCCAGCGACCACGCCGUGGACAACCUGGUGAAGAAGUACGAGGGCGUGCUGCAGGACUGCCUCCAGAACAACCGCACGCACACUAAGAUCGAGUCCAUGAUGUUGAAGCUGCAGAGACUCCAGCAGAAAGCCAUUUUGGAUGACGACUAUGACGCAGCUGAGCGUUUUGGGAAGAAGCUGGAGGAGCUGUGCAGAGAGAGAGGAGCUCUGAAGCUGGGUUUGCCCUCCACUCAGCCCAGCGUGGCUCUGUUCCUGCAGCGGCUCACACAGGUGGUGCACAGCGCCCUCCAGAGGACGGACUGCAGCCUGUGCAGGGACGGUGUGGAUCCUGAUGUCGGGGAGCCAUGUGACUCGCUGCAGGGUCCACUGUAUCGCAGAGACCGUCUGAUCCAAGAGAAACGUCAGGUGGAGGAGGAGAUGUUGGAGCUGCAGCGGCGUCUGGCGGAGCUGAAGGACCACAGUCUGCAGCUGGACCAGCAGAUCCAGCAGGAGGAGCGGCGGGCAGAGGCCGAGGAGCUGGAGGGGUCAGUGCUGAGGAGCUACAGCCUGGACAAGCUCCGGGACAUGAGCCGGACCCUGCAGGACCUCGUCACGUCAGAAAACCGAACGCAGAUCUCCGUCUCUCCUUCGCCCUCCAUGAUCAGACUCCAGCAGCAGGAGCAGGCCCUGAAUCUGUCCAUCAAGGAAGCCACGGCUAAAGUGGUCAUGAGUCAGAGGCUGGGCAGCAGCCUGAGGAGGAAAGUCAGCGAGACAGAAACGCAGCUUUUAACACUGCAUGAAGCGAAGCUGGCAGCCAUCUCAGGUAAUGACUUCAGCAGUGCCAAGGAGCUGAAGGCGGAGAUGAAGGCGGUGUACCUGGAGCGGGACCGGCUGGAGGCGCUGGCCAAGCGUCUGCACAGCCUCAGCGCGGGGAGCAGCCAGGAGCUGGGCCGGAUGAAGGAGCAGAGGCAGCAGCUGAGGCAGGAGCUGGAGCAGAGGGAGGCCCGGCACGCUUCAACACGACCUGACUUCUACAGCUACAGGAGAGUCACUGAGAGUCCUGCAGGCAGCUCAGACUUAUUUAAAUAA